AUGGGCGAAUCUUCUGAGGAGCGUGCGACUGUGGGCGCGGGCUUUGCUGGUAUUGCGCGCUCGGAGCUGCGAGUUGCUCCUGAUGGCGGAGGAAGAUGGCGGAAACGGCGGCUGGGGGAGGGGGGCGCUGGUUUGGGGGGAGCGGAAGUGAGCGCGGGGGAGGGGAGACCGGGGGAAGCGGCAGAGGCGGAAGAGGCGGAAGAGGCAGGUGGCAUUGGGGCGGAAGCCAAACGGAGGAGGCAAGGAGGGAUGGACGGGCAGUGGAGGGCCGGGUGGAGAGGCAGGCAGGGAGAGGGAGAAAAGGAUGAAGAGGGAUGGGAGGAGGAGGAGGAUGAGGAGGAGAAUAGUGAGGACGAUGAGGAGGGAGGGGAGGAGGAGUUAGAAGAGGAGGGUGAGGUGGAUGAUGAGAAUGAUGAGCCAGAUGAAGAUGGUGAGGUUGAGGAGGAGGAUGAGGGGGAGGAGGACGACGAGGAGGAGGAAGAAGAGGAUGAAGAGGAGGAGGAAGAGGAGAAUGAUGAGGAUGAGGAUGAUUAUGACGAGGAUGAGGACGGGGAUGAGAACGAUGGUGACUGUAGCAGUGACUAUGACGAGAGCUGGUGGGAGGAGUGCGAAAGUGAUGUGGAGGGAGGGGAGGAGGCGAACAGCAGGUUGGGGGAGGAGAGAUUGGUGGAUGGAUUGAGAGAAAGUUUUCAGAAGCUGGAAACGGAGUGUAGAUUGGCGCGGAAGAACUAUGACGAGUUGCGAUCUGCUUGUAAGCAGCUUCAGGAGCAGAACAGCUUCUUCCGAUCUAAGCUCCCCCCCGUCCCCUCUCUCAACACUAUACGUACCCUGCACGGAUCCUUGAUCGAUCCGCGUCCGCGGAUCAGCACGCGGCAGCCCGUUUGCGCCUCCACGCGCUUAAGGGAGUUUCCGCGCGGCCCCAACAGGCGCCCCACGAAGUUGUACGCGGGGAAGCGUUCGACCGGCACGUUCACGCGCUGCAUCUUCUUCACUAUCGGCGCAACUCCCCCUCCCAUUCCGCCCCCCAUUCCGCCUCCCAUUCCUCCUCCCAUCCCGGCCCCCAUUCCGCCCCCCAUUCCGCCUCCCAUUCCGUUCCCUGUUCUACCUGCUCCUCCCGCCCCCAUUCCCCCUGCGCCUCCCCCCGGUGCUGGUGGAGAGGCCCAGCUGGGGAGCGGCGGAAGAGACUGA